AUGUAUUACUCAUUUGUUACACAAUUUCAUAUCUAUUAUCAUGGUAUCGAGCUAAGUUUUUUUUUUCUCUACAAUUUUUUUUUUCGUGCGGCACUCUUCUCCGACGAGCUCCUCCCAGUGCGCCACUGUUCCCAGCUCUCUCAGCCCAGCUCCGGCGAGAUCUCGGCAGAUCUCUGCUGUCUGCCGACCAGCACUGCCCAGUUCGGUGCUCUCUGCGGCCGCUGUUCUCAGCUCUCUCAGUCCAGCUCCGGCGAGAUCUCUGCUGCCGACCAGCACUGCCCAGUUCUCUACCGACCAGCUUUGGUUCACUCUGCCAACCCAGCUGCCAGCUGCCAGCUCCCAGCUCCCAGCUCCGAUCUCUCAGCUGCCGGCGAGCUUCUUCUAGUGCGCCUCUACUCUCAUCUCUCUCGGCCCAGUUCUCUGCCGACCAGCACUGUACAGAUCGAUGCUCUUUGCCUCUUUGUAUUGAUGGCAACUCUUGGUGCUGAUUUUCGACCUUUGACGGGGACUGGUUCCUCUGCCACUCGGUCUUUGUCGACCUCGGCUGCAUCAUCGACGACCGUUGGUUUGACCACCCUUGACCUUCCUCGGGAUUUUCUUCCCACUUCGACUGAUUUUCGGCUCACUUCAGCCGGUGACUGGCUUACUUGGAGUGCCACGGUUCGUAAUGCCUUGUUUGGCCGAGGGCUCUUAUCUUAUCUCACAGAUGGUCCACCUGCUGAUGGUUCUGAUGAUGUUUUAACUGCUUGGACUCUUCGAACUAACCGAGUCUCCAGUUAUCUGAUUGAGUCUCUCGACCCGGCUCUCCGUCCUGAUCUAGUUACUCAAGCUGCCCAUGUUGUUUGGAGAUCUCUUACCGCUCGUUUUGUUGAACGCAGUGGGGCUCGUCAGUAUUCACUUCUCACUCAGGCUGCUACUGCUCGUCAGGAUGAUCGGUCUAUUCAGCAGUUCUAUCACCACAUGCGUGGUUUUUGGCGUGAGUUGGAGGUUUUUCUCCCUGCUGGCAGUCAUAUUGCUGCUGAUGUGAUUUUUUGGGAUAUGCGUCACAUGUACGAGUUUCUGAUGGCUCUCCGCCCCGAGUUUGGUCCUCUGGUUGGUCAGCUUAUACAUCGUGACCCCCCUCCCAGCCUCGAGACUGCAGUUGCUGAGUUAGUCGCCGAGGAGACUCGUCUUCGCCUACUAGGUGGGGUCAAGUCUACUCCUGCGCCCUCUAGUUUCUCCGGUGUUCUUGUUGCAGCUCCCUCUAGUGUUUCCACAGCUCCCUCUGGUCGUCCUACUUGCCCUCAUUGCAUGCGGCCAGGUCAUACUAUAGAUGACUGUUGGAAGCUCCACCCCGAGCGUCGUGUUGGACCUCGUGGCCGCGGCCGCCGUGCCUCCACUUCCACUGUUGCGGCUGUUACUCAUGCACUUCCUUCUCCUGCUCCUGCUCCUGCUCUUGCUUUGCCUCAGAUUGAUAUUCAGCAAUUUCAGCAGUUCCAGCAGUUCCAGCAGUAUCAACAGCGUCUUGAGCAGAUGACUACUUUUUCUAGCACUGGUAGCACUCCUGCACCCUCUGCUUUCUCAGCCACUGGAUCCGUCUACCAGCCGGGUGAUUGGCAGUGGUCGUAGAGUGGGUGGCCUCUAUCAUCUCCAGUCCCUCCACAUUCCCUCCUCGCGUCCCAGUUUUUGUGGCCUUGCCUCUCCUACUCCUGAUAUCUGGCAUAGACGAUUAGGUCAUAUUUCUGAAUCGCGACUGAAGAGUCUCUCCCUGUCUGGAGCUCUCGGUCGUGGUCCUUUUUCUGCUUUGAGUCCUUGUCUUGGUUGUAAGCUUGCUAAAGCUACAGCACUCCCCUUUUCACCCAGUGUA